AAUGAUUAUUCAAAUAAUUAUAUUCAUUCUAAUAUUCAACCAAUUAAUUAUGUUCGAAAUAUCAAAAAUCCUGUUGAGGGAUACCCUAAAUUACAAAAAUUGUUCAAUUUGAAAAACCAGCAAAUAAAAAAUUUUCAAACCAAACCAUAUGGUUGCAGAAUUGAACCAUUGAAGAUGGUAUCAAAGCUAAAUGAAUGGAUUAAUAUGCAUAAUUUAUGCUUUGACGUUAUAAUGAUUGGCUCAUUAUCAGAAAACCAGUUUUUAAUUAAUUUGAUUAAAGAAUUGCCGAUUGAUAAACUAUGUUCAAAACCAGGGUUUUUAUUUAUUUGGGCAUCAAAUACAAAAAUUAAAGAGUUGUCAGUUCUAUUGAAUGGGAAUAAUGGCAAUGCAUGGUCAAAAAAAUUUAGAAGAAGCGAAGAAUUGGUCUUUGUUCCAAUUAAUAAAAAUUCGAAAUUCUAUCCUAAACUGGAUGAUUUAUCUUUAUUUGAAAGACAGCAAUGGCAUUGUUGGAUGUGUAUAACUGGUACCGUCAGAAGAUCUGUUGAUGGUCAUUUAAUUCAUUGUAAUGUUGAUACAGAUCUAAAAAUAGAGAAUCAAGACUUUAGAAAGAUAACUGAUGAAAUUGAAACGUGCAUACCAACUCACUUGUACAAGGUAGCAGAAAACUUUAGUUCUGCUACAAGGCGACUCCACAUCAUCCCAGGGAGAGUAGGUUAUAAUUCUUCCGUUAAAGUAAGACCGGGAUGGGUUAUCAUGAGUCCUGAUAUCCUAUUGAACAAUUUUAAUCCAGAGGAAUACAAGCGACAAAUCGACAGCUUGGGGUCAAAUCUCCCACAAGAUGAGGAGAUAGAGAAUCUACGACCCAAAACUCCCUUGCAGAAAUAG